AUGAAAGAUAAGAUGUUGGAAGAGGGUGCCAUUAAUGCCCAGACUGGACACUUCUAUGUCCAAAAUAAACCACAAAGUGAUAAUCAAGGUAAUAACCUGUAUGUUCAGUUCUCAUUAGAAAUUUGUAAGCUGUACUGUAAUAAGCAGACAAAUAUUCAUGUUAGGCUUCAUCAACAUGACCAGCUCUUGCGAGACACAUAUUUUAACAAGUUGAAAAAGUCGAAGGGUCUGCAGUUGAGAACAGUGCAACAUGUAGUACUCUUCCUUGGAUGUCCAAAUCCCCAACAUGUCUGGCUAAAAGCAUGGAAGUUUGGCUCUGUGAUUACGCUAGCAUAAUCACAGAGCCAAACUUCCAUGCUUUUAGCCUGAUACUACAAGCACAACCAAACAAUAAGAUUUAACAGUUAAUAGAAUUAUUAUGUUGACUGCGGGUAUCUUAGGAGUGCUGAGAAAUGGUCAUAGACCACAGAUGGUCGUGAUUCGUUUAUUGGGAAAAGUAACUGCAAGAUAAUCAAGAUCAGGUUCUCUUUUUAAGAAUACCAUAAAUCUUAUGUGUAAUCUGGAUGAUAAGAUUGAACUAAUCAAAAUUCAUAAACUGAUUGUUGGAGUGUUGUACUAAUAGUGUCAACUAAUAAAUUUGUAAUAAAUAAAGUGUAUGUUGUAACUCAAUUUUUUUUUGGUUUAAAAAUUUUCAAACCAGUUUAAUAUUUGGUUUCUUUUGUUUCUGAUCCAUUACUACCAUCUGAGACAAAGGAAAACAAAAUAAAACUGGUUUUAAUUUUUUAAACCAAAAAACAAAUUUGAACCACAACAUAUACAUGUAAAAGUCUAUGUGGACAUGUUAAAACUCUUACACUCAUGCCACUUUUAGGGCCAUAUUUGAAGGAGUCCCUCGACACGUUUGUGGUAGUACAUUGGUCAGUGUCAAGACAGAUGACCUCUAGACAUUUUUCUGGUAAAAAGAGUGAGGUAUUGAUCUUUGUGGAGCGUGUGCCUUUAGUAUGUAGCAGCACACAACCACUGCCUGUGGGCGCCUACACCUGGCUCGUGAACCAUCUCAAAAGAAAAGGAUGCUGUUGUCGAUGUCUGCGGCAGCAGUGGUUA